GCGGCGGGCUGACGUCAGGACGGGGCUGUCGCUGCCCGCGGGCGGAGCGGGGCCGGCGGCGGCAGGGUCGGCGCGGCAGCUUUAAACACCUGUCUUGUCUGGGAGGAGUUCCUCUGUCUAUCAGAUCUACUAAGCUACCUUUCCUCACCUCUUCUUACACUGCUACACGUAGAAUGUUAUCUGAUUAAACAAUAAUGGCAUUUGUGAAGAGUGGAUGGCUGCUCCGGCAAAGUACUAUUUUACGGCGUUGGAAGAAGAACUGGUUUGACCUGUGGUCCGAUGGCCGCUUAAUAUUCUAUGAUGAUCAAAAUCGCCAUGAUAUAGAAGAUAAAAUCCACAUGCGAAUCCAUUGCAUCAACCUCAGAGUGGGGAAUGAAUGUCGAGAUUUCCAGCCUCCAGAGGGGAAGCAGAGAGACUGUUUACUGCAGAUUGUUUGCCGUGAUGGGAAGACAGUCAACCUCUGUGCAGAGAGUGCCGAUGACUGCCUGGCGUGGAAAAUUGCUCUCCAGGAUGCCAGAACAAACACAGGCUACGUGGGAUCUGACGUGAUGUAUGAUGAGACAGCCAUUUCCUCAGCCCCUCCUCCCUAUACAGCUUAUGCUACACCAUCACCUGAGGUCUAUGGCUAUGGCUACGAUCAGUACAACGGCGCAUAUCCCCCUACUGGUCCUCAAGUCUUCUAUGCCUCCAAUGGACAAGCUUAUGCUGUUCCCUAUCAGUAUCCAUACCAAGGACCUUACGGGCAACCCCCUGCAAACCAUGUCAUCAUUCGAGAGCGUUACCGUGACAGCGAUGGAGAUCUUGCACUGGGAAUGCUUGCUGGAGCAGCAACUGGAAUGGCUCUGGGAUCAUUAUUCUGGGUCUUCUAGAUUACCCAUUCCUUAUCUCUGUAGUUCCAAAAACCUUUAUUGUGUGCAAUAAUAUAUUGGCAAUGUUGUUUACUGUUAAACUUUAAGAAAUGCAAUAGUUAUUUUUUAGUAGUGAUAUGUUAAUAACUGAUUCUUAACUGUCCUAAGGAGAGUUUAAAGGCACCAUUUAGUUAAGUGGUGGGAGAUGGCAUGUGCCGCUCUUGAAUUGUUCUGAUGUUUGGAGUUACAAGGAUCUGUACCAAUAAGGAUCAAUAUGAGCACCAAUGUAACAUGGUAGCAGUCACUAGCUUUAUGAACAGACUCUUAUUGUAAACACCGUAGAAAAAGUUGAUUUUUUGGGGGGUCUAAAAUCUGGUCCAAAUCGGCAGUUUACAGGAGCCCUGCGUUAAAAUAUAUGUACUACUGGCUUUUGAACAUUCCCUGGACAAACAUAUAGCUCAGCAGAAACUCCUUAGCAUUAGGUAGUCUGCCAUGCUUAAGGAUUUUUUUGUUUUCAAACUUGCCUGCAGAUGGUAGUUUAUUUUCUUAGAUGGAGUCCUGUACCUGUCUCUCACACCAUGCAGGUGAAGUUGUCUGAGAGAACAUAUAAGCAGACCGCUAAGAAGCAGCAGCACUCCUCCGUUCUUUUAUUCUCCCAGAAAUGUGAAUUACCAGUGACAAGACAUGUUUGUUGACCACCUCCCUUGUUAUCCUGAAUCACUCUUCUCUGGUCAGAUGGAAGUAAUGGAUCUUUAGCUUUACAAGUGAUCUUCCAUGUCUGUAGAACAGUUGCCUCACACACUGUACCAACUGUAUUCCUGAGUAAGAGGCCAUUGUCUAAUGUCUCUGCUCAUUACUGCUAUUGCUCUGCAGAAGGAAAACUAACUGGAACAACCCUUGCCCUAUUGGGUCUACCAGAACCCCCCUGCAGGCAGUAAUAGUCAAGAGGGGAGAGACAAACAGCACAAGUAGACCUUGCACACAGGCAUUUUGGUAUCAGCUGCCUUGCCAUGGCUAGGAUAGAAUGUCUGCCUUGUAGCCUCCAAGGUUUCCUGAACGAGGUUCAUCAUUUGCAACUAGUUUCGCGUACAGCUGAGCCUGGGUUUGUUCUAUGCACGCUCCCCUCUCAGCAGGUCUCUUCUUCCCUCCAUGACUUGUUAAGGAAAAUGCUCCAAGGAACCUGGCUGGCUUUGCUUGUCUGGUUCCUUACACAGUGUGCUCUUGCAGGCUGCUGUGCUACGGACUGUAACGUGGAAUGGAACUGUUAUGUGUGUUAUACGGCGUAUUACCUUAUUGUGUUGUAACCCAUGCUGAACUGUACUUGGCAGGGGAAAGAAAGCUCUGAAGAAAUGCACAUGCUUUCUUAUUCAGGUAAAAGAGGCAGGGUGCCUAAGUUGAGUUCUUUAUAGUAAGAGGACUUAUUUUUAUACUUCCCCUUUCAGCUUCUUGUAUUCAUACUCUUUUAAUACGUUAAGUCUUUCUUAUGCUUUCAUUCAGAAACAGGUUAAUUUCCUUAAGGUUCAUGGGGUUUCAGGUAUGUCAGGAAAGAUGAAAAUAGAUGAGAACUUGCACUCACAUAAAUUCAGAUCAAGCCCCAACCUUUUUCAUUUCAUCCUAAGGUGACCUUGGCUCUAUCCUACAUAUUUAAGCAAUAGAGGUCUUGGAGAAGAGUUUGGGUAGCAGUCAGGGGAACCACUAAGCUUUCAUGACUCUUUGGACCAACUCAACAAACUGAAAUCAUUGUGAGGAAACAGACGAAUGUAAUCUUGGCUGCAUUACUAAGAGUGGGUCUAACCCACAGAAUGUAAACUUCUUUCAAGAAACUGGCUCAGAGCCGCACACCAACGUGCAUGCAUGUCCUUUAACAGAUUAAUACAAGCUGCAUUUGUUCUGCCAGUGGUAUGUACUGGAAGGACUUGUUGGAGGUUCAAAAGAGAACUAAAGCAAAAGUUUCCUAUUGCUAGUCCAAACCAAAAGAAAUUGGAGUACACUACUGAAGUUCUUUUAGAGGCCUGGUAGCCUUGACGUCAGAAAGAGAUGGUGACUGUCUGGAACUUAAGUGAAUAAAUACUUCCACCCUUUCUAAGGCUUGAGAUAACCUUGAAGUGAUUACAGGUCUACAGUGCUGUUUUGUGCUUUGCAAUAUGACUAGUUCCACAGAAUGCUUCCAUCUCCUCUUCUCCCUAUGUGAUAUUUAACUUUAAGGGGUCGGGGAGAACAAAAUCAUUGAAUAUCAUUGUGAUUUCUUUUGAAUUCCAUAGUGAUUGUGAAAGAAUAGCACAAAGCGUAUCAAGCUAGUAAUUUAUUUUAAGUUCAGAGUUUUGUUGGGGGGGUUGUGUGUUGUUGGGGUUUUUUGGUUUUUUUUCCUCCCCUCAAGAGCUGUUGAUCACAGCAGGGGAACAUGUCUCUUGCACUUUCACGAAAUAACUGAAUCUAGGUCCCCAGUUUCUUCAAGUGAAGUAUAUAAGAUAAAGACUGUUGAUUGUGAAACAUUCCUGGGUUGAAUUCAAAGCAAGAAAUUAUCUUUUUAAAAGUUCAAAUUGAAGUAAGUCUCUGUUAACCUCACCCCUUCUCAAAGGGGAAGAAAGUUUACAAAUUGAAGCUGAAGGUUCCAUUUCCAUCUUGGUAACAACAGGCUGCUUUGUACAAAAAUCAUGAGCUAUGUUUCUAUCCUGGUAGUAUAGGCAUUUAGAAGCUAGAAAGCAAAUGUACGAAAACUGUGCUAGAGCAUAAAAUCACGAGAGUAGUUAUGCCAGUGCAGGUGCUUGUAGUCUUUCUGAUCUCACUGCAGAAAUAGAAAUGGAAAUGUUUUGGUGCACAAAGCAGCAGCAUGGCAAAUUCCCUGGUUGUUAAAGCUCAGACUUGCUUCCUGAAGACAUGGCCGUACCUCCUGUUGCUCAGGAACAGAGUGGAGGUUUGGUCAUAUCUAUAAUGAUGUCCAGCUGGAUACACAGUCAUGACUCAAUAGCCUUUCUCUGCCCAGUCCAGUACUCCAUAUAUCUGCUGUUUGUGUAGAUGCUAGUGUGAGCUGAAGGAGCAGGGCCAGAGUGGAUUUUGGGGUUUGGAGGGACUGCCGUGCCAGCUUCUGCAGAUAGGUGCUACCAUAGUGAUGGGAAGAGGCAGUGUCAAGAUCACUUUCAAAACAGAUUGAAAUGACAGUCCUGAACAGGUGUUUGUUUCUGAAUGGUGCUGUUCACCACGCUGUGAUUCCAUUUAUACCUGCAUAGCACCCAAGCACAUGCUUUCCUACCUGGGGCCCAAUACUUGACUUCCCUAAAGCCGAGAGGUCUGCAGCCACUACAGUGCCACUGUUUUUUGCAGUGUACACUAUCAGUUAAGGAUGACUAAUCUGUUAUAUAGCAGUUACAGUCCAUUCAGAAUCAAAUGGCAGUGCUUACAGAGGUCAUGAGUUUAUAUGUUCAUCUGUGACUGGUGACUUUUGGACAGAGCCAGGCUUCCUGAGAGCAGGGUGGAAAUGGCUCAGCCUUCUUAAGUCCAACCACAUUAAAGACGUGAACGAGGGCCCCCUCCCGAAGUCAUAGUUACAUGCAAAAACACAGCCGUUGGCUUCUUUUGCUUAAACAUGGGGAGCUAAAGGCAGCCUCUUGUACUGAGUGGGUAAAGGCUUAUGAACUAGAGAGGAAGGGGUGGAAAGUGUUUAUCUACAGAGCAACUGCACUGACUUUUGGCAAGACACAUCCUUUCUAGUGCUGAAGCACAUUCUGAGAUGUAUCUAGAUGGAGGUACCCCAAAUGUCACACAACACUGGCUUCAUUUUGUUUGUUCUUCAGUGAAGCUUCAAUAGGUGAUGGAACCAGCAAAGCAAGCUGAGUAAAGGAGAAAAUUCACACCCAUGUUCCUCCUCAUGAUGACUAAGAUAGAUAUAUGUAAGUCAUGGAGGGUAGCAUGCAGCAAAUGUUCCUUCCUCCCAGGUCCUUCGUGUUCUCGUGCACUAUCUUAACUGCUGUUUUACUGUAUGACCUUAUUCUCAUUGUAUAAUUUAUAGCAAAUAAAAUUCAUAUUUACGUGUAA